AAUAAAUGUACUACAUAAAUAGGGCAACCCAAACCCUAAGACCCUCAUCAACUCAAGUUAGAUAUUAGAAUUGAAAACCAUAAUGAACAUUGGAAGUGAAGCUCAAAAUAGAAACAUGGUGAAUGAGUUGAAUGUAGAUGAAGGUGAGUAUUCAGAGCCAGUUAGUCCCACUGGUCAGUAUUUCAACAGCUCAGAGCUGUCCAUUUGUGUUCUUGCUGUUUUGGACUCCGAUAUCCCUAUCGAUGAUUCCCCAGCCUUGGCUUUGCUUAAAGAUGUCUUCCUUCCCAUUAAUCCUCGCUUCUCUUCCCUCAUGGUUAAAGAUGAAAAUGGAGUAAAGCAGUGGAAGAAGGUUGAAGUAAAGCUAGAAGAUCAUGUAAACAUUCCUAAUUUCCCACCAGGAUUAUUACCAGAAUCUUAUGACAACCAUCUAAGCAACUAUCUAUCCAAAAUAGCAAUGGAACAACUCCCACAUAACAGGCCACUAUGGAACAUUCAUAUCAUCAAGUACCCAACUAGCAAUGCAGCUGGUAAUCUAAUAUUCAAGCUCCAUCACUCACUGGGUGACGGCUUUUCUCUCAUGGGUGCUCUUCUUUCUUGUCUACAAAGAGCGGACAACCCUUCGGUUCCAUUGACAUUCCCUUCACUUACUUCAGCCCCCACAACCCCAAGUCUUUCUCUCAAGACCAACUGCAUCUUCAAGAACAUUCCUAAUGUCUUAUGGUCUGCUUUCAACACCGUAUCAGAUUUUGGGUGGAGCCUGUUGAAAAGCAGCUAUGUUGAAGAUGAUAUUAGUUUGAUAAGAUCCGGGGGCCCUGGUGUAGAGUUCAAGCCAAUUGUAGUUUCAACAAUGACAUUUUCACUUGAUCACAUCAAACAAAUCAAGACCAAGCUUGGAGUGACAAUAAAUGAUGUAAUUACGGGGAUAAUUUUCUUUGGGACUCGAUUAUACAUGCAAGGAGGAAGCAAUAAGUUGAAUAAUGAAAAUUCAACAGCCCUUGUGUUGCUCAAUACUAGGAACAUUGGAGGGUACAAAUCAGUGAAGGAGAUGGUGAAACCCAAUCCUGAGUCAGCGUGGGGAAACCAGUUCGGGUUCUUGCAUGUUUCAUUGCCUGAAUUGACCACUGUUCAAUCUUGCAAACCUCUUGAUUUUGUUUGGAAAGCUCAGAAACUUAUCCAGAGAAAGCGAAACUCCAGAGCUGUUUUUCUUACUGGUCAGCUGCUAGAGUGUUUGAGGAAGUUUACAGGGCCCGAGACGACAGCCAAAUACAUCCAUAGCACAUUAAAGAACUCAAGCAUGACAAUCUCGAAUGUGAUUGGACCAGUGGAACGAAUGGCAUUGGCUAAUCAUCCAAUUAAAAGCUUGUACUUUAUGGUGGUCGGCGUACCUCAGAGUCUAACCAUAACAAUGGUUAGUUACAUGGGAAAGCUGAGGAUUGCCGUAGGAACCGAGAAAGGCUACAUUGAUCCGCCCAAGUUCAAGUCGUCUAUCGAGAAUGCCUUUGAGAUGAUACUCAAAGCUGCCCAUGAAACUGUUUAAACUUCUCUUUUCUAUUGUUUACAGUGCAUCAUGAAUAUGGAUGUAUGAUCCUCAUUGGCCCCGAAGUUUAAUAUUAUUUUAUUUUAGAUUUUUCCUCA